AACUUAUCAAAGAUCAGAGAUCCGGCUAGUUGUCACAGCUCACAGCAAACAAAUGUGAUUCACACUUCCCACGUGACGUCAGCCAGAUGUCAAGACCAAACGCGUGGUGCACGACGUCGUCUGGCUAAGCUGUGCCAAUUGCAUCAGAAUUAUUUCUACUGGCGGGGAGUCUAGACCGGCGAAUGCGCUGCGUCUGACAUGCGGACCUUUGAUACCAAACACACCAUACUACAGAGUUCAAAGUCCAACAUAAUAAUACUAUCGCAUCUUGAACGCAUGGGAUCAAAGUCGGUAGAAUUCAGACUGGCGAGGGUGCUGAGAGACUUUGUAUGGGACUACCUGCUGCAAACGACAACCAUGAAGUCGCUACUCUUUUUAAUAUUGGCAUCAGUGUUGUGUUUUGGCUUUGAUCUGUCCAUCGGCAUAUCUUUGCUGGCAUGUUUUUUCAUAUAUUUAUUAACCGGCGGAUGGAGGUUCGCGUGGGUCGUGAUCAGAACGUUUCCACGGGAUGCAAGAGCUCUCUCAUACCUCAUUAUGAUCAAACUAAACAUGAGGUGGUUGAUGAGAACCAAUGGCAACCUCACCACAGUGUUUGCUAAAACAGUCAAAAGGCAGCCCGAGAAAGCAGCUAUGUUAUUUGAAAAUCAAACAUGGACCUUCAGACAGGUGGAUGAGUAUUCCAAUGCUGUAGCCAACUAUUUCCAUGACGCCGGCUACAGACAGGGGGAUGUCAUAGCCAUAUUUAUGGAAACCAGGCCAGAGUUUGUCUGUCUGUGGCUGGGUCUGGCUAAGAUAGGGGUGACAGGUGCCCUCAUUAACUUUAACCUCAGGAUGGAGGCCCUGGUACACUGUGUGAAGGCAGCUGAUGCUAAGGCACUCAUAUUUGGCACAGAACUGACUCAAGCUAUGAAGGAUGCCAAUGGGUCAUUUGGCAGACACAUGUCAAUCUACUGCACUGGGCCCAGAGACCCCAGUCUCAAUGGUUGGGCCAGUAACCUAGACCCCCUCAUAGAGAUGAGUCUCAAACACCCACCCAAUGCUCCAGUUAUCAAACUCAACGAUAAGCUAUUUUUCAUCUACACCUCUGGCACUACAGGGCUUCCCAAGGCAGCUGUUAUCACACAUGGAAGGUUUUACUACAUGUCCCAAGGAGUGCACAAGAUGUUUUCCAUGCGUAGCAGUGAUGUUAUAUACGACACACUUCCUCUCUACCACUCAGCAGGAGGAAUCCUGGGCGUUGGCCAGAUGAUUAUCAGUGGGUGUACACUGGUGGUCAAGAAAAAGUUUUCUGCCAGCAAAUUCUGGGAUGAUUGUGUGGCUUACAAUUGCACAGUAAUUCAAUAUAUAGGAGAGAUCUGUAGGUACCUUUUAGCUCAGCCAUUCCGUCCCACGGAGACCCAGCACCAGGUGAGGCUGGCCUAUGGGAAUGGACUGAGGCCACAGAUAUGGGAGCAGUUCGUCAGCAGAUUUGGGGUGAAAAAGAUUGGGGAGUUUUAUGGUGCUACAGAGGGCAAUGCCAAUGUCUUAAAUAUGGAGGGCAAGAUGGGUGCGGUGGGGUUCACGACCAGAAUAGCCCCCGCCCUGUAUCCUGUCACCCUGAUCAAGGUGGACAAGGAAACUGGAGAGCCUGUCAGGGGAAGGAAUGGGCUGUGUGUUCACUGUCAGCCAGGGGAACCUGGUGAGCUGGUGGGUAAAAUCAUCAAGGGGGAUAUCAUCCGAGAGUUUGACGGCUACUCAAACCAGUCUGCCACAGAGAAGAAAGUCGCUCGUGAUGUCUUUUCAAAGGGUGAUAUGGCAUUUUUGACUGGUGAUGUCUUGGUGAUGGACCAGUUCGGCUAUCUCUACUUCAGGGAUCGCACAGGUGACACAUUCCGCUGGAAAGGGGAGAAUGUUUCCACCGCAGAGGUCGAGGCAGUUAUCAGUAAUAUUAUCAAACUUAAGGAUGCAGCAGUAUAUGGAGUGGAGAUUCCAGGUAUGGAGGGCCGAGCAGGCAUGGCGGCCAUUGUGGAUAAACAUCAUACAGUUAACUUGAAGGCACUCCAGCGAGAUCUCCAGAAAUCUCUGCCACCAUAUGCUAGGCCAAUCUUUAUAAGGUUAAUGGAAGAGGUAGACACCACAGGUACUUUUAAAUUAAAGAAAACAGAAUUGAAGAAAGUGGGCUUUAACCCUGCUUUGACUGGCGACAAAAUGUUUUAUCUGGAUUCUAAAAUAGGAGAGUUUACACCUCUGAGUAAACAAAGUUACAAUGACAUAUGCGGUGGGAAAAUAAGAUUCUAAGACAGGAGUGAAGAGAUUAAAACAGCUCAAGUGGUAUCGUCUUGGUUCUGUAUUUAUGAAUAUGCAAGGGACUUUGUGGUGCCUUAAAAGUACAUUCAGACUGGUCAGUAAGUCAGGAAGAUAACUGAUAUUAGGUCUAGAACUAUUAUCUGUCAAUUGACUCUGUCUUCUACAUACUAGUACUGAAACAGUCUGAAAAGGGCAUUAGUUAUACCAGUGAAUAUAUGCUUAUUUACAGCAGGCCCGUAGCCUGGGGUGUUCGAACGAACUGCCCUUUCUGCCAGGCAAAAUGUACACUCUGGGUAAAAAUUGAUCUACUACUAGUAGAAGGUAUACGUAAGUUUCAUAGUAAAAGGUCUACUAUUACACACACACACACACCUUUUGAAAUUGCUGGCUACAGGCCUGUACAG